AUGACGGACCUUGCGUCUGACACGUACUCUCAGCUCGACGUUCUCCCUGGCCCCGCCGUCCUUGCCCAUGUGGUCGACGUUCAUUGCCAUCCCACUGAUACCGCAAUACAGCCGGAAUCCAUGGACAAGCUCCCCAUCAAGAUAUGUGCGAUGGCGACUCGACAGUCAGAUCAAGCCAAGGUAGCAGACCUGGCCACUGCGUAUCCGUCCAAGGUUAUUCCAUGCUUCGGUCAUCAUCCCUGGUUCACCCACUGGAUAUCCCUGGACCCAACCGCCUCCAAAGAACAACACUACCAGUCCCUCUUUGCAAAUUCCUCCCAAAAACAUGCCGAAACCCUUCAAGCCAUGCUACCCACUAUCCCAGACCCCAUCCCGCUCUCCUCCCUCGUCUCCACUCUCCGUGCAAACCUCCGCGCCUUUCCACACGCGAUGCUCGGCGAAGUCGGGCUGGACCGCUCGGCCCGCGUCCCCCUCGACCCGAACACAACCCCGCGGGUGCUCUCGCCCUUUACCAUCCCCAUAGACCAUCAGAUGGCUGUCUUGACCGCUCAGCUGGAGGUCGCGGUGGAGCUGCGCAGGAACGUGAGUUUGCACGACGUGAAAGCCCACCAAGCGACUGCGGACUUGCUGAAGAGCAUGAGCGAGAAAUUCAAGGAGAAUUGGUGGGAGAUCAGUGUGGACUUGCACAGCUGUGGAGUGAGCCCCGAGAUGUGGAAAGACAUCGAGAGGGUUCAUCCGAACGUCUUCCUUUCGUUGUCUACUUGUAUCAACAGUCGCUCACCAAACCACGUCGCUUUGAUCAAAGCCUGCGCAGCCAACCGGCUAUUGGCCGAAUCUGACAUUCACGAUGUCAACUACUGUGCCCCGUACACAUGGGAUAUGAUCAGAACCAUAGCAAACUUCAAAGGUUGGCGAAUAGAAGAGCAGUGGGAUUACGACGACGGUAGCAAAGAAGAGGAGUGGGGGGUCGUGAAGAGGCUCGAGGAGAAUUGGAAGGCAUUCCAAGCGGGUAACCACCCUUCGCCGCUGAAAUCGAAGAAACCUGAAUGGGUGACGGGUGGUAAUAGGAAGUCGAGGAUGAGGUCGGCAAAGGACAGGAACGAGUGGGUGAGUGACGAUUCAGAGCUGGACAGCUGA